AUGCUGGAGACCUACUGGAUUCUCACAGCUAUAGGCUACAAUUGGGAAGAUGACUAUAUUAAAGAACACUUUCAAAGUUCUAGAAGACAUGUAGAGAAACCAUAUAAUUGUAACCAGUAUGGUAAAGCCUUUACAUGUCAUUAUAGUCUCCAAAUACAUAAAAGAAGCCAUACUGGAGAGAAACCCUAUGAAUGUAAGCAAUGUCAUAAGACCUUUGCAUAUCAAAGUAAUCUCCAAAUUCAUAAAAGAACACACAUUGGAGAGAAAUCCUAUGGAUAA